CCGUUUUAGUUCUGAUUUGAACUUUGCUUAAAGCGGUUGUGUUAACGGUACCUCGAAACGUUUUCCCUUUAUGGCUUAAAUCACUUGCCAACAUUUAAUAAAAUUAAUUGUAAUUGAAUAUCGCACACAAAAACCAGCAAUAACAAACAAGAAAGAACACAACUUUUUAUUUCUAUUCUAUGAGAAUUUUCCAUGGUGUUGUUAAUCCAAUCCAAGUGCAAAUCUAAGCUGGAAAAAAAAUAAAGAGAGAGAAAAAACCCUUAGUUCUAUGAAUAGACUUUUAGAAACAGCAUCGCAAAGUCAAUGAAUUGAAUUAAAAAACUAGACAAAUUAUCAUUGGAGCCUGAAAGUAAUAUCAACCAACUGGCUGCAGCCACGAGCUACGAGCAAGAUCAACUCCAGCACAAGCAACAUUGUGUUAAAGCGUUUAACAAACGGGCCACAAUGUUUAACCACAAUUGGUUCGUGCCAACUGUUGUGCUGUCGCUGCUGCUGUCUUAUCGCAAUUUCUUUAUAACCGCCCAGAGUCAGAAUGCAAUAGGGGCCCACCGCUCGUUCCAGAAGACAUCUUUCUCGUGUGCCGGUCGACCUGCUGGCUAUUAUGCAGAUGUUGAAACUGGCUGUCAGGUUUAUCACAUGUGCGAUGGCUUGGGACGCCAAUUCAGCUACUCAUGUCCAAAUACAACACUGUUCCAACAGAGAAUGCUUAUAUGUGAUCACUGGUAUAUGGUGAAUUGCUCGAAAGCAGAAAGUGACUACACUGCCAAUUUGCUAAUAGGACAACGGGACAAGCCUUUUGUUAAUGAGGAAGAGAAUAAUUUACGAACCCCUCGUCCCGACCUUCUGGAUCGUCCAUAUGCCCCUGAUUAUUCAGGGGAAUCUUUCAGAAGCCAAUAUCAAAAGUCUCUUUCGUCUGUGCUCAAUCAAAUCUAUGACACCAACUCCUAUAAGAAAGAAAAGUCAUUAUCAUCUUCAAAUCAACCCACACAGCCAACUGGGCAACAACGAUGGAAAAUACCGCCGCCCAGUCGGCUUAUUUUGCCACCAGCUUAUGAACCCCAAAUACCAGAUAACACUGUGAUAACCACCACAGCAAAGUCGACCACCAGAAUAUCGUAUUAUAAUCCCAGCACCACCACCACCACCACCACUACAACAUCGAAACCUUCACCUUCCUCCCUCAGACCAACAUCCUCAAAUAGCAGAUCCCUAGGAACACGUUUUAAUGGCGUUGCUGCUCUUCACAACCGCCAUGAUGAACAUUUGCAAUAUGAACUGGACGAUUUGGGCACCAGCCACAGCACUCGCUACAAUACAUCGGCCGAUUUCAACUCGAAUGAAGACAGAAAUCAAAAGAAUCGAGGCAAAAACGCUUACACUACCACGAAAUCCAGCUUUGGACUGACCACCCUGAGGACGACAACAUCGACAUCGACUUCCACCACGAAGGCCACUGCCAAUCCGAGUAUUAAGAUUCCCUCGAAAAUUUACGAACCUCCAGUACUCUUUCCCAUCUACAACUUGGAGGACAGCAGCACCACGACCACAACUACAACGGUGAGGCCAUUGUUUAGGGCUUCCACAGCAGCCCCUUUUAUGACACGUCAAACAACAACUACUACGAGACCAACCACAACAAGGCCACCUUCCAGAGCAACAACUAUGCUGGGAAAACCCUUCACUAGAUCCUCAUCAAUCACCGCACCUACGACCACUACGCAAUCUGGUAGGAAUUUAAAUCGUUUCGAUGCCGACAAACUGAGUAAAGAACUGAGAACCCCAGCUCCGGCUCAAGGUUUUAAAAUACCUACACCCAGACCUACGGUGUCAGCAUUUAACACAAGCAAAUCCAUAGCUGAGAGUGUGCCCUCAAAGCAUCUACUGCCACCCCUCGUUGAUUUUGUGCAGCAUGAUGUGGCCACCACUCAAGGUCCUCCCAUAUACUACGAAUGGAAGGUGCCCUCUGAUGGACUGGAACCCCCGAAAAUGGAAGUGCCCAUUGGUGUGGAUGGACGUCAAUAUCCCGAAACUGUGCUGGACUACAAUUCGAUCAGUGCCAGCGGCACUUUCUCGCCAAAUCCUCAUUUUGGCAUAGAUCAGAAGAAAGAAGUAGACUCUCGCCCCACUUUGCGCCCGCCCACCUCCAGAUCAGUAAAGGAAACAGCUCAACCGAAUGGAGUGAGUACAAGGCGGAAGGCGGAUAAACCUACCAAGGCGACGGGGACGGCUCCAACUUCUUCCAACGAGCCUGAGGAUAUUUUCCAAAUCAGCAAAGAUCUUUCGGUGCCCGAGUAUGCCUUCCCCCUGGAAAAUGUUGGUCGUACCGGCUACUUGGACAGCGAUGUCUACAACUCAUUUCAGCUGAAGAUACCCGAGAGAAGAGCUGACACCGACGAGCAUCUGCAUUGGUUUGGGGAGAAUCCCAAAUGUCCAGAAUGCCAUCCGUCCUAUGUAAUACCCGGUACCUGUGAACCAUGUCUACGUAGAUAGGAAAAAUCAUCAUCCCCAAUGCCCUCGUGUAAAUUUCAAGUAUUCCAUUUAUGAAUUUAGUAUACAGUCCUUAUCUUCAUCCCACUAACCACCACCACCAAUCCACCCCAACCAUUUUGAUUAGAAAAUAAUAUGGAAUUAUAGUAAAAUUCGAUAGAUAUUCGAAUCUCGUGUAGAAAUACCAUACGCCUGCGCAGUUAGACAUUUCGACAAUGAACACAUACUCGUAUUACUUGUUAACUACUUUAAGUUAUCCAUGCCUGCUCUUCCUACCCCUUUCGUGUAUUCGUAAAUCCAUUUGUCCAUUCUUAGAAUAAUUUACACAUCCUGUUUCCUAGAGAGAAGGAGUGCGUGUGGCACCUGGAACCGCUCUCCAUGUUAAUCCUACAUCCAAGGAGAAGAAGAAGUCGAAAGACUCUAACAUAAUGUACAUACAAACAGCCUAUUUCUAUGUACAUAUGUAUGUAUAUAUACUUAUGUUCAUGUGUAUGCUGUACCUAACACCUACUUCACCAUUUAUUGCUUAAAUUUAAGACCACUAUUGUAUAGUUGUAAUUGUUUAUAUGUUCUUGUAUGUAAACACGUGCGCUUUAAUGUGCAUCGACUACCAAUACAAACAAUUAUUUUGUACUAUUGAUUAAGAAAUUUCGUUAAUAAAUUUAAAUAAAAUUA